AUGUUUGUUUUCUUUAGUCAACAGUUUGGAGAUGAGGUGUGGAUCACUGUAACUGCAGUUAUAACAGCAAGGUAAAAAAUGAAUCAAAAAUUGAAAAAAAUGGAAAUGUAUGCUCAACAUGAUGAUGUUUUGAACUCCUUUCAUUAUUAAGAUUCCUUAACUAGCCAGUACAUUUUACAGUCCUAGGAAGGGUACUCCAGACUUGUGAUGGGGAUGAUCGAAUGGGGGCAAAAAUCAAAACCCAAAUAAAUUCCUAGGGCCUUCAAAAAAACUCAAAAAAACUGCUGGACCAAAACUUAACCCCCCCCAAAAAAAUCCCAUGCCGAAUUUACGAGCCUUAAAAAUUUCAAGAAAACAUUAAAUGAUAUAACACAAAAAAUAAGUUUUUAAAAACAAGUUUGGAUGUACUUUAUUUGCUGAAAUAUGCAGGCACUACCACCAAGCUUCAGAUUGUUUUGAAUAACCAAAACAAUCCCUUCUUAAAUCAAGCCACCCAACAAAUACUUGACAAAAUUUCCUACUAAAGAAAAUCCGGGAAUCAAAAAUUUCAAACCCAUUUAACAAUCCUUUGAUCAUCCCUGUCACUUGAAAUCCGGAGUGGGAUUCAAAUGGACAGGAUUCCACCUGAAUCCUGGCUAAUUUUUUACCUGGAUAUAACAUAAAGCACCUGCAAGUGUUUCCACUGUCCACUGGAUGGGAUGCUACUCUAUUGUGAGGUUACCACCCCCCAUCCCCCUCCCCCUGACAGUAAGGUGUAUGUCAUGGAAGAGAGACAUAGUGAAGUAAAGAUGGCAGUUAGGCUUGAACCCCAGCUCUACUCUGAUCAAACGUUUUAAGGACCCGUCCUAACCCUCACCAAAUGGCCACCACACCUCCAUGUUUUACAUUCAUCAUUCAUGUAUUUUUGCCCUACAUAAGACUUUUCAGGCUAGCUAUCUAAUGUAAUUUAUGUUGUCAUAUUUCCUUAAGAGUAACAAAUAGCCAGUAAAGUUGAUAUCUGUAAAUGAUAAUUAGAAGUUUGUCUUUUGAUCAAUAAUGAAAUACUUUUGGCAUUUGCAAUGAAGCAGGCUGGGUAGCUAGGUUUGUGGCCAUCUUGUUUGAGAAGGGGCCACAUGCUAUUAUUAAUGGCCAAUAGUGUCGGAGUACACGUUUUCAAGCAUGAGUGCUCAUUUAACAAAAUGGUCCUGGUUUGUUCUGUUCUACUAUAACAAACACUACUUAACUUAAAUACAUUAUAAUGUCAUUGGUAAAAAGAAAUUUUAUUAUGUUAAGUUUUUUAAUGUUUCUUCCAGAUCAGAUGCUAUAUGCAGACAGGACCAGCACUUCAGCUGCCAGAAUUAA